ACAGAACGCGCCUGCGCAAAUCACAUUCAGUAGAUCGGCGAACAACAAACCAAGUCCAAGACCAAACCAAACGAGGGAAUCUCACAUCACGUCACCAAAAUUGUCAGAUGAACUAAGAACCAGAUCAGAUUUGGUGUUACUUCAAUCCAUGAGAACUAGACCCUUGCAGAUUUUUACCUGAGAAAUCCCGAUCAACAUGCCUGGACGACGGGGCGUCUUUGACGCCAUCAUGACCAAGGAGGAUUACAUGCAGCCGGAGCAGAAGGCUGUACCGGUCAAGUUGGCGGAAUCCUCAAUCAACGACCCAGACGAACUCAUCGAAUGCCCGUACGACAAAGUCCACAGGAUUCGUCUUGGCCGCUUUCCUAUGCAUCUCCUGAAGUGUAGAAAGAAUUAUACAGGGAAAGAAAUGUUCACCUGUCCAUUCAAUGCAUGCCAUCUAGUUCCAGCUCCCGAAGCAAGGCACCACGUCGCAAACUGUCCAGACAAGGCUUGUGUGGAGAAGGAAAUGAUGCGAGGGUACGAUGCGAAUAAUACUUACUGCAAAGGCUACACCAAGAGUCCAGCAUACAAACGGACGGAGGACUUCGGUCACAAGCCCUCCGAAAACUGGGAUGAAGAGAUCCGAACAGACCAAUCCAGAGAAUACUGGGGCCCCGAAGAAGGAAGUAAUAGGGAGUCCAAUCAUCUGCCAAGAGCGAAAGGCAGGGGUGCUCCUCGAGCCAUCGGCCAAGACCGUUCCCGGGAGCCUGUAGAGAUGAGGUUACCGAGGCAACCAGCCCAAGCAGCCGCAGUAGCUCAACAGCGCCACCAGCAACUUCGACAGCAGCAGUAUGGCACCGUUCCUUCGGCUCCGGAACCCCAGGUCAAUGGCACAGCACCAGCACCUGUGCAACCAUCAGCUGUGGCUGGUCUAGGCAGAGGUCAGUUCAAAGGUCGUGUCAUGGCAGCCAAUCUAUGGGGUGCUCCCCCCCAACAGAACCAACAACCCUCAACCAAGCCUGGUGGACUGGCUCAAAGCUCCUGGGCAAUGCACCAAGCUUCCUCUGGGAACAGUAGCUCUGGUCCUCCGUCCCUAGAAGACGACUUCCCUCCUCUUGGUGCACCUCAGCAGGCUCACAUCGGACUCGGGCGCGGUCUUGGACGCGGCAAGGUCCUCCAGGGAUAGACUGAUCGCUGGGAUACAAUACUUAUGCAUGAUGGGUAAAGUUUAUUUUUCACGAGACACACGGAUGAUUUGUAAAGGAUUCUAAGAAUAAAGUGAAAUUACAAAGCCAGAUAUUCACAGUUUAUGCUGCAAAAGUUUGCCAGAUCGUGUGCGUUGGUUAGGAAACUGUCAAGUGCUUGUUGUUGAUGUUGUUUUUGGUUUGAAGCUAUUUUUUUUUAAAAGGAAAUACUGCUUUCUGCACCAUUUUCUGUGCAAUCUGUUUUGAAACGUGUCUUAAGAGUAUCGUCAUAUGCACACGACAUUCGCAGCACAUAUGAAAUGCUUGCAAAGUAUUUGAAAAUCCCUUGUCGGGUCAUGAAAGAUUUAUGAAUGUCCCGCUCAAGUCAUGAAGUUAGCUAGCCCUUCUAUUUACAAUUUAAUGUAGCUUGUGAUUCUUUGGUCAUUGCUGUAGUCAGUGGUGCACACAACAUUUGCACCAAGGUUGAGGAACUUCCCUAAAAACUGCAAGAAUUGUUCUACAACUCGGUUGCAGGGAGAGAUUCAGAGAACGCUUCUCUGAAUCUGGACUUGAAAUAUUUUUGAAGAAGAAAAAAACACUAACACACCAAAGUGAAACAAAAGAAGGUAAUUGUUCUUUUGAUUUAUUGUCAAAUAUCAUUUUCAUUGUCAAAUAAGUGGUGAUUUUCAAGAGUCAUUAUAGUUUUGAAAAUGGGUCAAGAUUAUUUUCCCCAAUUUAGAAGGAUAUAAUAAAUACAUGUUUAGUUUUCCAAAGAUAAAGAUAGAUUUUCAACAAAUGACAUCAGUUUUUGUAUUGAUAAGUUGACUUGGGUAUUUUGUCUCCGGCUUGAGAGGAGUUAUGUUAGUAUCAUAUUUUUAUGCCAGAUUUGUGACUUUGUAGGGUUUUUUUGCCAGGAUAUGUGGUCAUACUUCCGGGUCACACACAACUCAGUCUUGUUUAUUGUUGGAAAUAUUUGUUCUUUCUGGUCUCAAAUAGUAUACGAAAGAAUAUGAACAGGAAGUAUUGUGGGUCAUAUUUUUUCUAACAUUUCUUUGUAUAGUUCUUUUCAAAUGAUAGAUUUAUGCAUACAUAUAGUUUUUUCAAAUGUAAUUUUAAGAGAGAUUCAUUGUUUAUUCUGAUGUUGAUUGCGUUAUAGUUGUCAAAAUUUGUUGUUGUGUCAACGCGAGUCGAAAUGAAGACAAUAAGGUCUAUAGUUGUGUUUCUUUAUAUUUCAGUUAUUUCUAACGAAAGAGAUCUUUUUUUAGAAGGUACCUUCGAUAUUAUCUGAGAGUAUAAGACGCUCUUUUUCUGCAAUACCAACUAUCCACAGUUUGCAACUUUGUUGAUGUCUUUAGUCUGCUCAAGUGUGCUUGCAGCUUAUUCUUUGUUUGGAGGAUCAUUAUUUAGAAUUUUAUCUAACCUACUAAAGCCACAUUGCUUGCUUUCAAUUAUAUUUCCACUGCUUUCCCCUCAACAUUGUAUUAUAAAUGUACAGUGAUAUCAAAAUUUCAUUUAAACUAUUAAAGACAUGUUUUUACCUAUGUUCACAUUUAUAAGCUAUCAUAAUUUCAUUGUUAUCAUACUUUUGGUUUGUUUACCUCAAUAUGGAUCAUCAGCAUGUUGCAGAUACGUUAAUAAUGUAUUUAUGUUUUGUAUGUGUUUCCCAAAUAUUUCAUUUAGUCGCACAUAACUUAAUACAAAGAUGAACAUCUUUAUACUUUGGCCAUUUAAUAUCCUUGAUGUUUAGAGGGUAGAUUAAAGUCUGUAUUUAGCAUUGGUAAAGGGUCAGUAAAUGAGAAGUAUAUUUGAGGCCAAAAGUUAACAUACACCCAUGAAAUUUAGUGAAAUUUGUUCGCUUGCCAAACAUAAAAUUUACUAUAUCUUCAGAAAUAUAAAUACUACCAUGACGAAUUUGUUAUCAAAUGAAAGAGAGUAUUAAGCUCUUUCACAUGACUGGGAUUAAAGGAUAUUUCAGGUGGAAUUUUCUUUGAAGAAAAAAGGUAAUAUUCGUGCCAAAUGUAUUCUAUUUUUUUAUAUAUUUUCAAAUAAUGUUUCAUAGAAAUUUAUAAAUGUCAAAUCUGUGAUUUAUAUUACAUUUUCUAUCAUGAUAUAGCACCACUGAACAAAAUAGUGUAAUCUGAAGUGUUUGUGUUGAAAAGUAACUAGCACAGAUAGGAAAUGUUUUUGUCAAAUUUUUAUUUUUGAUUUGUCUAAAAUAUGAAGAUUUUUUUUGGGAAAAAAUGGCACCUUAAUAUUUUUCAGCUCCUGAUGACAAACCAAUGAGAUGAAGAGGCAUGACAUACUCAUAUGUUUGAUAUCAAAUUUGUCAUGAUAGCACAAAUAUUUUAUGAUGUUUGGCAAGUGCCAACUUUUAAUAUUCAAAACACACAUAUCUUGUGACCCCUGUCAGCGAUAUUUUUGUUUUCCUUUAAAAUGGGACUUAAAAGCAUUCAUCUCACAAAUUUAGGGAUUGGAUUUAUAAAAAAAAAGCUUCAGACAAAGAUUAUAUACAGCAAUUUUCAGCCCAGUCUCUUCUUUAGAAUGUGUCUUUUUUAUCAAAUAGAAAAACCACACAAAUAUUCAUAGGGCACCCGAUUGAAAUACUCUUUUAUGUGAAAUUGUAAAAUUUAUCCUGAAAAACACAUUUUCAUUCCUUAUCCUCCACAUUAAUAGUGGACUAGUCAUAGCCACAAACAUUUCGGGGGAUUUACCAAAGCUUAAAGGUCAAAUUCACCUCAGAAAAAUGUUGAUUUGGAUCCAUAGAGAAAAAUCAGACAAGCAUAAUGCUGAAAAUUUCAUAAAAAACGGAUGUAAAAUAAAGUCAUGACAUUUUAAAGUUUGGCUUAUUUUUCACAAAAUAGUUGUAUGCACAAUUUAGUCACAUGCAAAUGAGAGAAUCGAUGAUGUCCCUCUCUCACUAUUUUGUUUUUUAUUGUUUGUAUUAUACAUUAUUUCAAUUUUUACAGAUUUGACAUUAAGGACCAACUUGACUGAACCAUAAAAUGUUUGACAAUGGUAAUUCCACAAGUUCAUGGAGAAAUAAAACUUUGUUUCACAGGACAAUGAGAAGAAAAUUAGAAUAUUUCAUAUGAUAAAAUAGUAAAGAAAUAGUGAGUGAGUGAUGACAUCAGUUUCCUCAUUUGCAUACCGACCAGGAUAUGCAUAUAACUGUUUUGUGAAAUUAAGCGAAACUUAAAAUUGUCAUAACUUUCUUAUUUUACAUCCGAUUUGGAUGAAAUGUUCAGUGUAAUGUUUGUUGGAUUUUUCUCUUUUUAUUCAAAUCAUCUUUUUGUUAGGGUGGACUCGUCCUUUAAAGACUUUAAUUUCAGCGAAAGAAGCAAAUUUUUUUUUAUAGUUUUGACAGAAUGAGUGGUAAAUACUCUACACUCGUGCAUGAUCUAGAAUAUAUGAAAGAUUUCAACAAAUGGGAAGUCAUUGACUAUAUUAAACAAGUGGAGAAUAAUUGAGCUUCCCCAUACUCCAUGUCACCUGCCAAGAACACAGAUAUCAUGUUUUUCAGGAUAAUUUGUAUUAGUAUGGUGGUACAAUAAAAAUUUUAAGGCAUUUCCUGUUUGACGUAAAAAAAAUUCUAUUAAGAUUACAAGAGAUGCUGGAAGAGUGAUCUUGACUGAUUCAUUCAUUUAUUUUCACAUUUCAUGAAAAGAACAUUAAAAUACAGUGCACAAAGUUAAAGUCAAAUUGAAUUUUUUGAGUAAUCACCCCAUGUUGAGCUUGCAUAUUUGUUGGGUGAAGUUGGGUUGUGCCUUUAAUGCUUCAUGUGAGAUGACAAUUUCCAGAGCACUCUAGUAUACUUUUAUACAAAAUUGCGUAACGUUCAUUCCAUUACUUUUGCUUGAAGUAUUGUUGAGUUGUGUUGUAUAUUAAGACAGUUCAUUAAAAUUUCUUUGAUUUAUUUUGAUAUCAUUGAUAAUGUUUUUCGUUGGUAAUAUUCAAUCACGCUCCCUUCGAGUAUAUUUUUUUUGGUAGUUAAUGAAAUUUUACAGUGGCAUUCAUAUCAAGAUGGUAUUGAUUGAAGAUGUGUGUGUUGAGGGUUUUUAAGAUUGCACUUAGAUUUGGAGAGAAAAAAAAAUCAAUCCUUUCAGUGAAAACAAAUGCAUCUUCCAGAACCGAGUACGGAUGUGUUAUUCAUUUUGAGGUAUUUUUUAUUGAAGUAUGUCCAUCACAUUUUAAGAUGCACAACAGACUAUUGUAAAGGCAUGAUCUUGCAUGAAAUCUUGCACAAGUGUUGAUUUAAUAGUUUAAGUCAGUGAAAGUAUGUGAAAAAAAUUCUUGCCAUCAGAUUUGAUCAACUUCUCUGAUUAGUGAUUGUCUUUCAUAGGUAUAGUAUAAUGACUUCAGGGUUAUAUGGUAAAAACUUGUUUUGGUCUGGAGCAUAUAAGUGCCAUUUCAAACUGAUUUGCUGACUUCACAGUUCAACAAAUGAACAAUGACUCUUCCUCCGCCAAUGAAAAAUAAGCAGCCAAUACUUUUUUAUAUUACGUGACAUCCAUGUGCUGUUUUUAAAAGGAUAAUUGUUACUUGGGAUCGUAAAAUCAGUUGUUAAUUAUAAGGAAAGUCCACUUAAAUUAUAAUAAUAAUAGCCAUUUGUAUAGCACCAUCUAUCUAGUAACAAUCUAUUCCUAGGCGCAUUGUUAUUAUUAUUACCCCGGCUUUAGCUCGAGCUGCCUUUCAGCGCUAGUGCAUUCAAUUAAAUUCAAUGGAAUUAAAUAGCAGAGCCCUGUACCAUAAAGUUUAAGGUGUAUCUCACUGAGCGGUGGAUGCUUUACACAAGCAAUGCAAAUUUUAGGAUUUGCCAACUUUUCUUUUGAGUGAUGCUAAUGAAUGUUUGUAAUAUCAAAGUCUAUUUGCGAACUGCUACAAAACGGGGGAAAAUAUGUUAGCCUACGUUCGUUACGCAUUUUUAUCAGUGGGUAGAUUUCAUGCAGGAGCCAUGUAAUUAUGUCACUAUCAUUUGGCAAAUUACGAGAUAUACAAAUGUUUUGCAAACGGUAGCAAGCGGUGGCAGAAAAAUAGAUUCGCAAAGAAAUUUUCAACAUUUCUUUGCGACAGGAAGAACUGCUUGCAGCAAUGAAAACCUUUCACAAACCUUGUGCAACCUUUUAGGAACACUGGCUAAAUUUCAAAUUCGCUACAUAGGCAAGCAUUGCUGCUCCGUCAGAUAUCCCUCGAAUGAUUGCCCGUAAGGACAAAUCCAACUUGCAUAAAACAGUAGCAAUCAAAUGAGAAAUAAAUAAAAACAUGGAGAUUGAGAUGAUUGUCAUGUAUGCAAUUUAAUUAAUUAGGAACAUUUGGUUUUGGUUGAAAGAGCAGUAAAUUUUCAAGCAAAUGUUGUUUACAUUGGGGAAAGAAAUUACUGUUUGAGAACUGCUGGCAUUUGAAAAGUUAACCUCGUUCAAAAUUCUUCAAAUAAAACAAUAUCUAUUGGGACCGAAAGAGUUGAUACUUCUGCUACACCAAUCUAAAGUCCGAUGUCAAGAGCUAUGUUCAAGACUUUUAACCAAUCUAGACUUGGAAGUAUGGAAUGCAAUUUUGUGUGUGACAAUCAAAACUUGGGAAAUAUGCAUAGAUGUGAGGUUUUUGUUUACUUUUUUAUCUUCUGUAAAUCGAUGUUUAUGAAAAUUUUUAUCGUAAUAAGUAAUCAUAUCUAUGUACAAAAUAUUAACUGCAAAAUGAUACAUUUUACCUUGCUUAUGAUUGCGUUUAAAAAAAAAGAAAGAUGUCCUAACUGUAGGCAGUUUCAGCUGAAUUAAAUAUGUAUUUGUAUGUUUAUAGCAAAACUAGAAA